CCAGGCCUUUACGACCCUGGACUUUAUUUCUCGCUAGGGAUUGCGGUCCUGGCUAUUCUAGCUUGGACUACAUUUCACUCAGGCGACGGUGCAAACUGGAACCUCUUGCUCCGUUUCCGGCAUCUCUGGUUGCGCGCUGCGCGUGCCCUGAUGCCACCUGAGGAAUACGCCGGCGUGGGUCGCUGCGGGAAAGACACCGCAGCCCGCGCGGGGCCCUUGAUGGCGGUCUAAGUUCACUAGACUCUCCUUUUCUGGUAGAAGAACCGUGAGGACUGAUCCACUCUUGCGGGUCUAAAACUAUGGCCCAUAGAUCAGUGACAUUCAGUGAUGUGGCCAUAGACUUCUCUCAGCAGGAAUGGGAAUGUCUCGACCCUGUUCAGAAGACCUUGUACCGGGAUGUAAUGAUGGAGAACUAUGGUAACUUGGUCUCACUGGGACAUUCCAUUUCUAAGCCAGAUGUAAUUGCCUUACUGGAGCAAGGAAAAGAGCCCUGGGUGGUCAUGAGGGAAGAAACCAGAAGAUGGUGUACAGAUUUGGAAUCAAGCUAUGAAAUAAUCAGCUAUGGGAAGAUGUACAUUUAUAGAAAACCUUCACCUCUUACUCUACAUCAGAGAAUUCAAUAUGGAGAGAAACCCUAUGAAUGUAAGGAAUGUAGGAAGACCUUUAGUCGUCACACAGACCUUAGGGUACAUCAAAUAAUUCACACUGGUGAGAAGCCCUAUGAAUGUCAGGAAUGUGGGAAGGCCUUUAGUCGUCUUACAGACCUAAGAGUCCAUAAAAGAAUUCAUACUGGUGAAAAACCCUAUCAAUGUGAAGAGUGUGGGACCACCUUUAGUCGUCUUACAGAUCUUAGAGUACAUCGAAGAAUUCAUACCGGUGAAAAACCCUAUGAAUGUGAAGAAUGUGGAAAGGCCUUUGGUCGUGCUUCAAACCUCGCUCAACAUGGAAGAGUUCAUACUGGUGAGAAAUCCUACAUAUGUCAUGAAUGUAAAAAGGCCUUUAGUGAAGUUGGAAGACUUAGAAUACAUGAGAGAAUUCAUACUGGUGAGAAACCCUAUGAAUGUAAGGAAUGUGGGAAGGCCUUCAGUCAAGCCUCAAACCUUAUACAACAUGAUAGAAUUCAUACUGGUGAAAAACCCUAUGAAUGUAAACACUGUGGGAAGGCCUUUAGUCACACCUCACAUCUUGUUAGACAUGAGAGAAUUCAUACUGGUGAGAAACCCCAUGAAUGUAAAGAGUGUGGGAAAGCUUUUAGGAGUAGCCAUCAACUUACUAUACACCACAGGUUUCAUACUGGUGAGAAACCCUAUGAAUGUAAGGAAUGUGGAAAAGCCUUUAGUGUGUAUGGACGACUUACUCGGCAUGAGAGUAUUCACAGUGGUGAGAAACCCUUUCAGUGUAACAAAUGUGGGAAGUCCUUUAGACUCAGUUCAAGCCUGAAAGUACAUCAGAGUAUUCACACUGGUGAGAAACCCUUUGAAUGUGACAAAUGUGGGAAGUCAUUUAGGCUUAGUUCAAUCCUUAAAGUACAUCGGAGAAUUCAUACCAGUGAGAGACUUUAUGGCAUUUAUAUAUAAUAGACAAUUUACAAUAUAUCCAUGAAUUUAUACCACUGAGAAACAGUUUAAAUGACAAUGUGAAAAGGCUUUUACACAUGGAUCAGUUUUUAUAAGGCAUCAAAUAAUUUAUACUGGUAAUAACUCUUUGGAAUAUAAAUGUUUAAAGUUUUUAGUUAUAAUCUAAAUGUUCAGAUUCAGAGAAUUUACAUUAUAUUUUAUAUAUAAGAAAUAUAUAUGGCAUUCCUCUAUAUUUCACUGGUCACUGUGGCCAGACUGUGCAACCAAGUUGUUAAAAGGCAGGUAAGUACCACCCAGGGAAGAGACUGAUACAUGAUUUGAGGUUGUGGAAAACAGACAACAAGCACACCAAGUGGUAUAGCAUUUAUUUAAAGCAAAAGAGGAGACAGAGUGCACAAGAUCCUCUUCCUUGCAGUGUGUCAAUCCUGGCUGGUGGUUCCACUGUGUAGCUGAUGUGAACAGUGUAGCUGCACACACUGCACUUCCUGCUGCAGUGAUAGGACCUCAACCCUUUUUCUGUGGGGUCUGAAAUACAGAAUGCUGGGGGUGUGCCUCAGGGCCAUUGACAUGUCCUUAAGCAUAACAAAGGAGUACACAGUGAGUCUGAAACAGGGAAAGAUAGUCCUGUACUAGCCGAUAAGCCCAGCAUAGGCUGGGAGGGCUUUUUAUAUCAUGGUAAACAAGUGUCCCAGGCCCAAGGCCCAAUCAUAUAUGGCCAUGUGGGGGCUGAAAGACUGCAUGCACAAGGCUACACUUCCCAACACUGUGGGUUAUCAGAAUAUUUAUACUAAAGGAAAAUUAAUAUAUGUAACCCUUGUUUCUUUAUGGUAUAAAAGCUUUCCAGCACAAAUCAGUUAUUACAGUUGAGUAAAUUAAUGUCAUAGAAAACCUCUGGUAAUCUAACAGACAUGGGAGAGCCUUUAGCCUUUGCAUGUAUCUUCACCAUCCUGAUGGUCUUUCUGCUCCUUAUGGCUUAUUUGUAUAUGGGGAUAAUACCUACAUUAUGGUGCUAUUGUUAGAAUUAAAUCAGUUCAUUUAUGUGGAAAACUUGAGAAAGUAUUUGACAUAUGGUUUAUGUUAAACACUAGUUACUUGUUAUAAUAUCAUUAUUUUGUGUUAUUGUUAGUGGGCUAUUAUGAGAUAAAGACCUAUGGAUUUAAUGAAUUUAGGAAAGUUCCGUGUAACUCCUUACCCCUUUUUGAAUUUGAAUUCUUUCUUUCUGGAAAACUCUGAUACAAUGUAAAAAACCUGAAAGCAUCUUCAUUCACAUCUCUUAAGGUGAAUCAAACACUUAAUCCUUGAAUGAAAUUUAGAUUUAUACCUUUAGAAAGUGUGUAAAAUUUUAAAUUAGUAAUUUACAUUCCAUGUCCACAAUUCAAAAUUGAUUAAAAGUUAACCAAAGGAUAUACAUUUUGCAGUUUUCCCCAAACUUAUUAAAAAUUGGAAACAUAAAAGUUGAAAUCACAGUACAAUGAAUUUAUGUUAACAUACUAUCACAUGAACUUUCUGUUUUGUAUACAUUUUGCUGUAUAAUUUGACAGUGUUAUAAACAUUGAUGUUUCACUCAUACAUAUGUCAGUGCAUCCCCUAAAGAAAGACAAAUUCCUAUUUAACCUAGUAAUGACACAUAAGAAAAAUAAUAAUAAUUUCAUAUUCUACUCUAAUCCAUAUUAAAAUUUUAAAAUUUCUCUAAGGAGCAUCUUUUAUAUCUAUAUUCAAACUAGUAUCUAGAUCAAACUACUCUAGAUUUAUGCCUUUGAUUAUUAUAACACUUUGAUCUCUUUCAAUUUAGAACAGUGGCUGGGGAACUAUGGCCUACUGCUAUCAUAUCCUCUUGUUUUCAAGAACAAUGUUUAAUGAAGAAUGUCUUCUUUUAAAAAAAAAAAUGAAAUCCAGUCAGAAUAGUAUGAUUAUUCUUAUUUCACGUAUAAAAUCUACAAGAGUCUUAUAGAUGUAUAAGAAAGCACUGGGCGAGGUGGCUCAUGCCUGUGAUCCCAGCUACUAGGGAGGCUGAGGCAGGAGGAUCACAUAAUAAGACCUA